UAUUUAAGAUUCUACUUGUUCGAAACUUCAUCUUCCCGUUUCCCCAUCGCUAAUCAGCUCUCUCUAUACCUGUCAAUUGACGUUCUUCGGUGGAUUCUGUUUUCCUUAAUGACUUCUCAGAUGUUCUAAUCUUGACUAAUAUUUCUCAAAAUUUGAGGUGAAUGAUAGAGCAAACUUCCUUGUACACAAAUGGAUAGGAGAGAUACAUCUGGCUUUGUGAGUGGAGGAUGUAGCUUCACUAGUUUGGUGGAAAGUUAUCAUGUUCUGUUUAUUUUGAUCUAUAGAUGCUUAUAGUUGUAAAUAGUAAUCGAUUUUCUUACUACUUACCCAAACUCCCUUCAGAAAAAUGGUUUACAAUAACCUGAAGAUCGAUCUCAAUGCAGCCUUUGUUUGUAAUGAUGACUUAAGUAAGAAUUAUGAUUAUGGUGAUACCACCUUACGUUUGGCUUCAAGAAGUAACAUUAGCUUUGUAAACUCUAGAGAACAACAUACGAAGAGUACACCCAAACAUGGCUCCACAUUGGUCCUCGGAUUAGGGCCUACACCAACUACUUGUUCUUCUGGAAUCAACCGAAACAAAAAACAAGCCGAUGAAGAUUCAGUUCUUGAACUUUCUCUUUCUUACAAUUCUAAUGCUUCAAAGAGUCAUCUGAAUCGAUUUUCUAAUCACUACAGUGGAUCUUUCGAAGCUAAUAAUGGUUUCGGAAUUUCCGUUUUUGACGAGGGUGCCACAUCAGCAAAAAAGUCAGGUGGCUAUAUUCCAUCGCUUCUUCUAGCUCCAAGAAUAAGUAGUACUACAAGCAAAACCUUACUCCAAAGAUUUGAACUUUCUGAACAUGGAGAAAAAUCCGAUCAUGGUUGUCCAUCUGAAUCAUCGGUUGUCUCAGGCUACUCAACAGGAACAGCAUCAGGUCAAACAGAAUCUUUCAUACCGCAUGGCGGCCGGAGGCGGUGCCGCCACCCAACGGGGUGCAGCAACGCCGCUAGGGGGAAGUGGGACUUCUGCAUCAAACAUGGUGGCGGAAAGAGGUGUGUGGUGGAAGGUUGUUCCCGGAGCGCUGAAUUACAACCGGGGUUGUGUAUCUCACAUGGCGGCGGCAGGCGGUGUUGGUUCCAAGGGUGCACCAAGGGAGCUCAGGGAAGCACUAAUUACUGCAAAGCUCAUGGCGGUGGGAAGCGGUGUGUGUUUUCCGGUUGUACCACCGGUGCUGAAGGUAGUACUCAACUUUGUAAAUCCCACGGUGGAGGAAAAAGAUGUUUGUAUGAAGGUGGCGGGAUUUGCCCUAAAAGCGUGCACGGAGGAACCAAUUUUUGUGUGAUGCACGGUGGUGGAAAGCGGUGCGUGGUGGUGGGGUGCACCAAGAGUGCGCGUGGCCGGACUCAUUGUUGUGUGACACAUGGUGGCGGGAAGCGGUGCAAAUUUGAAAAUUGCACCAAGUGCGCCCAAGGUAGCACGGAUUUCUGUAAAGGCCAUGGCGGAGGGAGGCGGUGCGGGUGGGUAGGAGGAGGAGGAGAGGGGAAUUGUCAGAAGUUUGCUAGAGGGAAAGGUGGUUUAUGUAUGGCACAUGGGACUAUGGUACAAGAAAGUGAGGGAGGUAUUGGGCCACGACUCUUUCAUGGGGUCGUGGCCAAGUCUGCAUCUGCAUCUGACAAUAACUCAUUGUCGGGUGUCAGUGUUGUAUCCAGUUCUAUCGGUUGGUUAGAAAGGCCUGCGAAAAGACGACAACUCAUUCCGCCUCAAGUGCUUGUACCUUCGUCUAUGAAGACAUGGGCGUUUUCGUCAUUUACUCCAAACCAUAAGGAAGGUGAUGCUAAUGGUGUUAUGGUUCCUGAGGGUAGGGUCCAUGGUGGUAGUUUGUUGUCGUUGCUUGGGGGGAGCUUGAAGGACGCUGUUAUUGAUGGGUCUGAUCGAAGUUGAUUUUUAUUACAGUUUUGGCUUCUUUUUUUUUGUGUAUAAAGUUUUGAUUUCCCACAUCGGAAUAAGAGGAAACUGUUAAACGGCUUAUAAGUUUGUUUUAUGUAACUUAAAAUAUCAAAGACCAACAGACGAUGUGAUUGGGCCAUGGAUCCAUGUAUUUGGAUUCUGGUUCAGGAAAGUCCCCGGGCCCUUUAACGCAGAGAUGCGGAUCCGGAAACGGGUUAUGUUUCGGAGCAACUGAAUCAGGUUUGUAUCAGAAAUGGUUCAAACGGGCUGAGACAAGUGUGGAGCCUAAUGGAUUCUGAAUGCCCGAAGUUGAUUUGGCCGAAUAGUUAUAGUCAUUCACAUGGUCGUUUGUGACUAACUCAACGGGGCUUAUGAUCUGUUGGUCUAUCUUU